UCCGGCCUGUGGGCGGGGUUUGCUGUCUCCACGGAAACCCCUUUGGCUGGACUGUUCAGGCCUGCAGCGGAGAUACUGAGAACCAUGUCUGCUUUGGAAAAAAACCUCCACACGGGGCGGUUACCCCCUCGGCCGGCCGUGCCCAGCGGGCUUCAGUCCGGAUCCAAGAUCAGAAUGGGGCCUGGCAGAAAACGAGACUUUUCCCCCGUUCCGUGGAGCCAGUAUUUUGAAUCCAUGGAAGACAUUAUUGUUGAAAGUGAAACCGGCAAAGAUAGUUUUCGGGUUUACAGGAGCGGCUCAGAGGGGCCGGUUCUGCUGCUCCUGCACGGCGGGGGCCAUUCCGCCCUCUCCUGGGCUGUGUUUACGAGUGCGAUUAUCAGCCGGAUUCAUUGCAGAGUCGUCGCGUUAGACCAGAGAGGACACGGGGAAACGAAAGUCAGGAACCCCGAGGACCUCUCCGCAGAGACCAUGGCCAGGGACAUCGGGAAUGUCGUGGAAGCUUUAUAUGGAGAUCUGCCCCCUCCCAUCAUGCUGAUUGGUCACAGUAUGGGCGGGGCCAUCGCUGUGCACACGGCCGCCGCGAACCUCUUGCCGAGCCUGCUGGGUCUCUGCAUGAUCGAUGUCGUGGAAGGUACCGCCAUGGACGCGCUGAACAGUAUGCAGAACUUCUUGCGCAGCCGUCCCAAAACAUUCAAGUCCCUGGAGAACGCCAUAGAAUGGAGUGUCAAAAGUGGCCAGAUCAGAAAUCUGGAGUCUGCGCGCGUCUCCAUGGGAGGGCAGGUGAAGCAGUGUGAAGAAGCAACCAGUCCAGAAGGAUCCAAAGCUAUAGUAGAAGGGAUAAUCGAAGAGGAGGAGGAAGAUGAAGACGAGAAUGGGGGCCAGUCCGUCAACAAGAGGAAGAAAGAGGAUGAUACAGAAACCAAAAAAGAGCGACCGUAUACCUGGAGAAUCGAGCUUUCUAACACAGAGAAGUAUUGGGACGGCUGGUUUCGAGGCCUCUCCAGUCUCUUCCUCGGCUGUUCUGUGCCCAAGCAGCUCCUGCUAGCAGGGGUGGACCGGUUGGAUAAAGACCUCACUAUAGGACAGAUGCAGGGAAAGUUUCAGAUGCAGGUUCUCCCGCAGUGCGGUCACGCGGUACACGAGGACGUGCCCGACAAGGUUGCCGAAGCGGUCGCCACGUUCUUGGUGCGUCACAUGUUUGCGGAAUCAGUUGGCGGAUUUCAGUGUGUCUUCCCGUCCUGUUAAUGCCCUGCAUCCAGAGCUGUAAAUAA